AUGGAUAUCAACCCAAAUGGUUGGACUUGUUCUCGUCUGGCGAUGCAUCUCGAUGGAUCUUGUCUUGCUUAUUUCACACGGACUUCUUUAGACUACUUUCCAAACAAUGAAUUCAUUCAUGCCCAUUUAUCCCCUCCUGGAGUUGUUUUAGUCAUUGAAUCUAUCCUGCAUGUCCAGCAUCAGCCUACAUCUGUAGAUUCGCAUCAAUCACAACGCACUCUAUUGUUUCGUGGUCUGGUUUCUGCUGCUCCGCUGCGUUUUGAUUUUAUUGCUCGACGUAUCAUUCAGUUCAAAAACAAAUUCUGUCCGUUGCCUUAUCUGCCCUUCCAUUUGCUUGACGAGAGUGAAAAAUCGCUGAUUAAAAUGUACUCUUCUCCACUACAAUUUUGUCGAUGGCCAACAGCAUUGCCCGAAUCGCAGGACUCUCGGCAAUCUCCAAAUAAACAUAUCUCGCUGGAAACUCCAAUUUCCUUGGAUUCAACUCCACAUUAUACUCUUCGUUGUCCGAAUGUGCUUACUGUUCAAACAGUAGAUCGUUUGGCUCAAUUGACAUUGGACUCCCAUUUAUAUUCCUUUCGUGUCACCUUUCCUGCUUUAGUCGAUGUCUUGGAUGGUGCAUCUCAACCUUCUGUCACGCCGAUAUGCAAAAAGUAUAGCUAUCUGCCUAUUACCCAAUCAUAUUCCAUCUAUGAUUAUCCAGAUUGGUGCAAACCUGCUCUUGAUUUAUUAUUACAGCGUCCAGACAAUGACUCGAAGCAUCAGUCUGGUCUUUCUGAUUUUAGAAAAUACACUCCAGUACAAUUCCCAACUGCCGCACCCGGAAGCAUAUCUCUGUCAGCAACGCUCAACUCCCAAUUCUUGCCUUGCGCCGAUACUACUCAAACCAAACAUGCAGAUUCUGCCGUUGUUUUACAGACCAAAGAAGCCACGUUUCGUGUUUUUCCCACUUUAUCCUCUACUCGGGGCGAUUCCAACUUUCGAGUCUUCGUUGUCUGGGAAGAUGACGGCACCCUUUUUCUCACUGACGAUCAACUUGAAUUUAUGUAUAUGCUUGAUUAUGAAAGUGCUUGUGAAUCACAAACGUUUGUAAUCAAUAGUCCGCCUCCAGUCGCUCGCCAUCCAGUUUCUAAACAAGUGUGA